AUGAAUUUGACUUCAAAUCAAUACCAGAUACCAUCUUCUUUUUUGCUUUUUGUUUUCUUCUUUAUUAUUUAUUCUCCAUUUUUUUUCAGCUAUUUUUUUUUCGUUUUUCUUCUUUUCCUAUUUUCUUCGUCUUUUUUUCUUCUUGAUCUGUCGUCUUCUUUGCUUUAUUCUUUUUCAUUAUUUGUUACUUGUCCUUUUUUAUCUUCUUCGUCUUCUUUUAAAAGUACUACUACUACUAAUAAUAAUAAUACCGCCUUUUCUACUGCUACUUCUUCUUCUUCUUCAUCUGUCGUUCUUUUGUUACCUUUCUCCUUUUUUAUUUUCUCCCUUUGCUCUUUUCUUUUCGUUCAUUAUUUGCUGCUUCUAUUCAUAUGCAACUACUUUCUGAUUUCUCUUCCUCGCCCCUUUUUUAUUUUUCUCAUUUGUUCUUUCUCUUCCAUUUUAUCUGUUCCCUAUUCUUUUUCCCUUUUCUCUUUCUUUUUCUUUCUUUCUUUCUUUCUUUCUUUCUUCUUCUUCUUUUUCUUCAUUUGCAAUAUUAUUUCAUAUUCUUUCGAUUUUCUACUUCUUUUCUUCCUUUUUCAUCACUUUAACCACAUUUUUCUUUUUUCUUCACCUUUUUCUCCUUCUUUAUCCGCCAUAUUAGUGCUUUAUCGCCUUUUCAUCUGCUCCUCUUCCAUUUUAUAUGCCCCUUUCUCCUUUUCUUCUUCUCUUCCUUUCUCCUUUAUAAGAUUUUUUUUCUCUAUUUUUUCUAUUCUUAAUUUUUUUUUAUUUUUUUUUAUUUUUCUUUAUUCUUUUUUCUCUUCUCCUUUAUUUUCUUCUUUCUCUUUCUCCUCAUUAUUUUCGCUUUUUCUUCAUCAUCAUCAUCAUCAUCAUCCUUCUCUAUUUUUCUUUUUCUUCUGCCUUCAUACAUCUAUCUAUCUAUCUAUCUAUCUAUCUAUCUAUCUAUCUAUCUAUCUAUCUAUCUCUAUCUAUAUAUAUAUAUAUAUAUAUAUAUCUGUGUGUGUAUGUAUGUGUGUGUGCUGA